GCUCUAUUGUGGCUGAGAUAGGGAUAGUGUUACUGCUUCACUCCUCUGCUCCACCAAACUAUACAACGUACACAGGAAGAAAAUAAAAAAAUAAGAGGUUCAAUGGGGAAUUAUAAAUCAAGACCAACUCAGACAUGUACAGAUGAGUGGAAGAAGAAGGUGAGUGAGUCAUACUCUGUGAUCAUCGAGAGGCUGGAGGAUGACCUACGCAUCAAAGACAGCGAGCUGACAGACCUCAAACAGGUCUUCAGCUCUGAUGAAGCUUUCCAGAAAGUGAACUUGAAUUACCGGACAGAGAGCGGACUGUCCCUGUUGCAUCUCUGCUGCAUGUGUGGCGGUUGGUCAGGACGUGAAUUGGGGAAUAAAGUCCACAUAAGGACUCUGAUGCUGAAAGGCCUACGUCCAUCCAGGCUUACCAGGAAUGGGUUCACUGCUCUACACCUGGCUGUCUAUAAGGACAAUGCGGAGCUGGUGACGGCAAUGCUCCACGGAGGGGCAGACAUCCAGCAGGUUGGGUACGGUGCCCUAACAGCCCUGCAUAUCGCCACCAUCGCUGGGCACCAUGAGGCAGUGGAUAUCCUUCUCCAGCAUGGAGCCUAUGUCAACGUCCAGGAUGCUGUGUUCUUUACUCCUCUGCAUAUUGCUGCUUACUAUGGCCAUGACCAGGUGGCUAAGCUGUUGUUGAAGUUUGGGGCGGAUGUAAAUGUGAGUGGGGAGGUGGGAGACAGACCGUUACACCUGGCAGCCGCCAAGGGCUUCCUCAGCGUCGUAAAACUGCUGCUGGCAGAGGGGAGCAAGACUGAAGUGAAUGCUCAGGACAAUGAGGACCAUGUCCCGCUCCACUUCUGUGCCCGUUUCGGCCACCAUGAAGUGGUCCACUUCCUGUUGCAGGGCAACUUUGAGCUACAGCCUCACUCCGUCAACAUCUACGGAGACACCCCUCUCCACCUGGCCUGCUACAACGGAAAGUUUGAGGUGGUGAAGGAGAUAGUACAGCUGUCAGGCACAGAGAGUCUGUCAAAGGAGAACAUAUUUAGCGAGACCGCCUUUCACAGUGCCUGCACCUAUGGGAAGAGUCUGGAGAUGGUCAAGUUCCUGCUCGGUCAGAACGCCAUGAGCAUCAACCAUCAGGGCAGAGACGGACACACAGGUCUGCACAGUGCAUGUUUCCACGGCCACAUAUGUCUGGUCCAGUUCCUAUUGGACAGCGGGGCUGACAUGAACCUGGUGGCCUGUGACCCCAGCCGGUCCAGUGGGGAGAAGGAGGAGCAGACCUGCCUCAUGUGGGCCUAUGAGAAAGGUCAUGAUACCAUCGUCACUCUGCUCAAACACUACAAGCGUCCCCUGGAUGACUCCCCAUGUAACGAGUACUCUCAGCCUGGCGGAGAUGGGUCCUACGUGUCUGUGCCGUCCCCCCUGGGCAAGAUCAAAAGCAUGACCAAAGAAAAGGCAGAUGUUCUUCUCCUCCGGGCCAGCCUCCACUCAAGCUUCCAACUGCAGCUCUCUGACCUGGAGUUCAAUGAGAUCAUUGGUUCAGGCUCAUUUGGAAAGGUCUAUAGAGGCAAGUGUAAGAACAAGGUCGUUGCCAUCAAAAGGUAUCGGGCCAACACGUACUGCUCCAAGUCAGACGUGGACAUGUUCUGCAGGGAGGUGUCCAUCCUGUGUCGUCUCAACCACCCCUGUGUCAUCCAGUUUGUGGGGGCAUGUCUGGAUGACCCCAGCCAGUUCGCCAUAGCCACCCAAUAUGUCUCCGGGGGCUCCCUGUUCUCCCUGCUGCACGAGCAGAAGAGGAUCAUCGAUCUGCAGUCCAAGCUCAUCAUCGCCAUCGACGUGGCCAAGGGCAUGGAGUACCUGCACAACCUCACUCAGCCCAUCAUCCACAGGGACCUCAACAGUCACAACAUUCUACUCUAUGAGGACGGGCAUGCUGUGGUGGCUGAUUUUGGAGAAUCCAGAUUUCUGUUAUCCGAGGUUGUGGACAAUAUGACCAAGCAGCCAGGGAACCUGCGCUGGAUGGCCCCAGAGAUAUUCACCCAGUGUACACGCUAUACUGUCAAGGCCGACAUGUUCAGCUAUGCCCUGUGUCUGUGGGAGCUGCUCACUGGAGAGAUCCCCUUUGCCCACCUGAAACCUGCUGCAGCAGCUGCAGACAUGGCCUACCACCACAUCCGGCCUCCUAUUGGCUACUCCAUACCCAAACCCAUCUCUGCCAUGCUAAUGAGGGGCUGGAAUGUCUGUCCAGAGGAUAGACCUGAGUUCUCUGAGGUGCUGGCCACACUAGAGGAAUGCCUAUGCAAUGUGGAGUUGAUGUCCCCAGCCUCCAGUAACAGCAGUGGGUCCCUGUCCCCCUCUGGCUCGUCUGACUGCCUGGCGAGGGGCAGUCCUGGUCGAAGUCACGUGGCCGCCCUCCGUUCCCGCUUUGAACUGGAGUACGCCCUCAACGCCCGUGCCUACGCAGUCUGGACUCAGAGCGAGGGACGACGUGAUUCCCAAGGUCCGUCUCUGGAUGAACUGAGGAGGAAUAUGCAGUUUCCACCUAUUGACCGAAAUGGGUAUGUGUCAGACCCUAUGAGCACCAUGCGCUUCCACUCCAACUGCAGCAGCAACGGCAGCUUUGAAGACAACUAACAUAGAUGGGAAGUCUUCCAGCUCUACUAUGCUACUAUAUUGUAGUUCAUGAAGCCAUAACCUUAUUUCUAAGUUUAUCACAUAGACAUAUUGGUUGAUCUAGUCUUGAGUAUAAGCUAUAUAUAUAUAUCAUUAUGUGUAUUUCCUAAAGCUAUUUACUACUUUCUGUGUUUAUGGUAUUGAACUGUUUGAAUAGAUUUGUGUGGUAAGUAUUUUUGGAUACAAGGCAUUUUGGGGGUUUGGAAAAUUGUUAAGGGAAUUUUUAUCAAUAAUGACUAAUUAUGUAUACAUUUCAAUCAGGACUGACUAAUCAGAAUACUAUUAUGUUACUGUAUAUGUAUGAUUUUUCUUUUUAAUCCUAGUACUGAAUAUAAUGUGUGUAAAUAUAAUCAAUAAUUAGAACAAUGACUGUCUGUACCAUGGUAGAAAUGAAUGAACUUAUAGCCAGACUGGCUAGAAGGUUUAUCUACACAAGCUGGCCUUGGCUCGGUCAUAAAUUAUCUUAAUAGGGAGAGACGAUGUGAGAACCAUACAGCCAUUGUACUGAUGACUAAUGACGUCAUUUUCAGUUUAUAACCUGUGGUAAAAUGUAUAAUGGGCAGUACUCUCGAGAAUAAAAGCUGCUGAUUGACUUUAA